CGGCGGCAGGUGAGCCUCCGGGCACGGGAGGGGCGCCCCACGCCGGACACCCCGCGUCGUCACACCCCGGCCGACGCCCCCGCGCGCCGCCAGCAAACGGAGUGAACGAGGCGAGGCGCGGCUCCACCUGUCGCCAGGCGGCCGCGCUCCGUCCACACCUGACCGCUGGCGGCGCGGCGAGGCGAGGAGAGGAGAGAAGAGGCGCGGGCGCGCGGGGCUGCUGGCUGCGGCACUCACUCGCGCUGUCGGAGCUUCGCGUCUGCCUGCGGCGGCGGCGUUCGCUGGGAUCUGCAACGGCCAUGAAGUUGUCGGCGAGCGGCGGGCGGAGCGCCUUGCGGGAGCUGGCACUGGAGGUCGGGGUGCGACUUCUGCUCUUCGGAGUUUUCGUGUUCACAGAGUUCCUGGAACCUUUCCAGAGGGUCAUUCAGCCUGAAGAGAUGUGGCUUUACAAGAACCCGCUGGUGCAGUCUGACCUCAUGCCCACCCGCAUCAUGUUUGCCAUCUCCUUCCUCACCCCCCUGGCCGUCAUAUUUGUGGUAAAAAUAAUUCGCCGGACCGAUCGGACGGACAUCAGAGAGGCGUGCCUAGCUGUGUCCUUGGCACUGGCCCUCAAUGGAGUCUUCACUAAUACCAUCAAGCUCAUCGCGGGACGGCCGCGGCCCGACUUCUUCUACCGCUGCUUCCCAGACGGAGUGAUGAACUCGGACAUGCAGUGUACGGGGGACGGCGACCUCGUGUCUGACGGCCGGAAGAGCUUCCCCAGCAGCCACUCCUCCUUCGCCUUUUCCGGCCUCGGCUUCACUUCCUUCUACCUGGCUGGCAAGCUGCAGUGCUUCACAGACAGCGGGCGCGGGAAGGGCUGGCGUCUGUGUGCGGUGGUCCUGCCUCUCUACUGCGCCAUGAUGAUCGCCCUGUCACGCACUUGUGACUACAAGCACCACUGGCAGGAUUCGCUCGUGGGGGGCUUGGUGGGCCUCGUCUUCGCCUACAUCUGCUACCGGCAGCACUACCCGUCCUUCCUCUGCACAGUCUGCCACCUGCCCUAUGAAAGCCUCGGCCUUCCGGCCACUAGCAUGGAGGAGGAGCCGCCUGCUGCAGACAAUGCCACCAGCCUGCCUCUGGAGGGACUGACCGAGGGGCCGGUAUGACUAAGAAGACGGCCGACUCGUAGCACUUGCACAUUCCAGUGAGCCUGAGGCUGGCGCCCAUGGCCCACUGUCUGUCUCUUUCAUGUUCUGCCAUGCAAGUCCACAUCCCGUUUUCUACCUGGUCACACGCCGUUGCUGCCCGCCUCUCCGUGUUACGUUGGCAUGAGAUUGACUUGCUGUGUUUGGUGCCGACCGGUGUGCCGUUGCGCCUGUGAAGCAGACAGAGAUGUGACUGCACUUCCUCAGCUUCAAGGCAGGGGGCGCUAUGAGUCAACGGCAGGGCGCCUUCCUGUGUGGCUCCUCACAAAGCAGACCGUUGCUGAAGCGCCCCGGAGUCGGCCUCUACAGGAGGCACACCCGAAAGUCGGCGGCUCUGAAAGCAGGCAAUGGCGGUGAUGGUGGUCCCGUUGUUUCUAUUGUUUUCAUUAAAGAUCAAUA